CUAUACGAUGUUUACUCCUAUCAAACCUAAGAGUUCCGGCGUGUUAAAUGACACGGUGUUGAGCACUCCACUGCCGCAGGCGACGUCCACUGUUCGCAGAAAAGCCAUAUUGGAGAGCAAAUUCAAUGAUAAUUUGCAAUCAAAUGAGGAAAAGAGCAAGCAGGAUCUAUUAUAUGACAAUGAACCAACACAAAAAGGGGAUACCUCAUUAGGUCUUCUUGAUAAUAUGUCAGAUCUUACGAACAUAAGCACAGCAGAAGACGAGCAGAAAUUGAACUUUUCCAAUAUAGAUGCAGAACUUGAAAUAGCCAGAAAACUUUUACAGAAAUGUAGUGAUAAAAAUUCUAUUCUAACCACAGAUACAAAUAAAGAAAAUAAUGCUAAUAUGCAAAAUAUAACGAGCAAUAUGCCAGUUUCAAAUUUUAUUUUACCAAUUGAAGCUUGUAUGUCCGAGUUGGACAAGGAGUGCAACAUGAGUCACUCGGUUACUUUUGAACCCAAUGAAAUAACAGCACGUUCAUCUGGGGUCAGUAGUAGUGCUAAAAGGCAAUCUCUUAUAAACCUAUCUUUCCAUGGCAUUAGUUUCAAUAAAAACGACAUAAUGGCACUUAAUAACGAAAUGAUGUCAGAAGAAUUUUUAACUAACUCAAAAGGGGCUGAACAAUUAUCAAUGGAUCAAACUUGCUUUGCUCCGCAUAAUCUCACAUAUUGUAUGCCAGGCAUGAAAACAGAAAAGCAAAAAAUAGACUUUAGCACUCUUUCUGGUAUCAUUGGAGAGCUAGACUUAUCAAUCGAAUCUUGUGCUGGACGGAAAGUAUCUGUCGGCAGAUAUUUUGAACGUAAAUCUGAUGAUAUAGAAAUGCUUGGAAAUGGAAAAGCAAAACCAAAUCUUAAAGUUUUGGAAACUCCUAUAAAAACGGGCAAAUUACCAGUAUUAGUUGAAUCGACUGUCUCAACAGAAGCAACAACAUCGUCAAUGGAAUUGACAGAGAAAGAGCAUGCAUUUAUUCCCAAUGUAACAAGGGACAUAGAUGAAAAUAGUAUUAUAAGUUUAAGCACUAUUGUUAAUACUUUAGAAGACGUUAAUAGCGAGACACCACGGCGAUUAGUUGAUCAGCUUUUAAUGGCACAGAAGAAAAAAAACCAUUCUCUAAUGUAUAAUAACACAAGAAAAGAAAACUCCGAUGAAAAGUCUAUUUUAGCAAUGUCUAUUGGAAAUUCGAAUAAGUUUGAUGAUAAUGUAGAGAAUCGUUCAACUAAAUUAUCAAUAGAUAGUAAAACCAAAAAUGAAACUAUAAAUGAAAUUGUUAAUAUAAAGCAGGAACGUAGAAGUAUAUCAUUUCCUUCAAAUGAAAAUGUGAUGAAGGUUGAAUCCUUCACGAAUGUAUCUAAAAAGAAAAUGUUAGCGGAUUCAUGUAAUGAAAACGUGGUAUCUUCAAUUAAUCAAGACAUAGAGAAUAUCGUUCUUGGUAAAAAUACAGAAGAAGCGUGCAAUUGUGUUGUUGGUUUGACGAAUGAAGUAAAUGUUGAACUCAUAAAUAAUGGAGAUAGAUGGAUCACGUAUAUCUUUAAGUUAAUUGAAGUAGUAGGAGAUACACAAAGUAUUGAAUUGAAUAUUCCUUCGAAGGAAAUUUUAAUAAAUUCUAAUAGUACUCAAUCCACAAAGAUUGAAAUAAAAGUACUAAAAAUGUGUAAACCAAUAUUUGUAAUACUAAAUAUAUUUUUAUCAGAUAUGGUAGCAAAAUCGAAAUGGUCUAUGAAACACAUAAUCUUUGUUAAUCCGGAGCAACUUGAGCUUGAUAUUGUAUGUCCUUCUGACAAACAAAAUUUAGAUUUUCAAUAUAUUGGAGAAGAAACAAUCAAAAUUCUGCCUAUAACAUUUUAUAAUAAAAAUAACGUUGCUGUACCUGUGAAACUGUUAAUAGAAGAGGGCUCAAAAAUGUUUAGCAUUGAUGGACCAACGCAUUUUCUACUUGAACCACUUAAGAAUUUUACCACUAAUAUAAAAUGUGAAAAAUCACGAUCUACAUCAGUAGAUUCUCCGCAGAGACAGUCACAACAUUGGAAAGGCAAACUAAUUGUAUAUGUACAAUCCAAAGAUGACAUUAUAUUACUUAAAAAAGAGAUACCUCUUUACGCACAAAUAGGUUUUUGUAAAAUCCAAAUCGUCGACACAGAAGUACCGAUAAUUAUUCCAAGACAGCAAGGAAAAUCAAUAAACAUCAUUAACUCGGGAAAUAUCGCAAUUCACGUAUUCGCUUCUAUCGUAUCAUUUGAAGGACAUUCAAACGCGAUGCAAGAUUUUUUUAUAAAGCCAGAUGAUAUAUUUUUGCAAGUUGGAGAAAGGAGUUCAUUCUUAAUUGUAUAUAAAUCACAAUUUUCAGAUGCAAAUUCUGUAAAUAAUGAAAGAUAUGCGAAAAUUAAGUUAGUUGCCGGGAACAAUGUUUACCAUUAUAUUAUAAGUACCGAACAAAAAUUAUUAGAAUCAGAAAAAGAGAAUUAUUUACGUUGCCAUACGCCUAAUAAUGUUGUAUCUCUAAGUCCAGCAACAUCACCACAAAGUGUAACUUCUAAUAGAUCUGGACCUUGCGAUAGAAAUUCACCAAUUAGUACAGUAUCUAGUUUAGCUGUAGCAGGACAUGUAAUUCCAAUCAGAGCUACACACGCUGCUCUAGUAUGGAAUAGUGUAAAAACGGGAAAAAGUGAAACUAAAGAAUUUACAAUUCGUAACACGAGCAAUAACAAAAUUAAAAUUCAAAUAGAGAUAUGUGAUGACAGUAAGAGUUUUAAGUUUCUUGGAGAUAAACAGACUAUCAACACAAGCCUAGUACUAGUAAUGCAACGUCAAGAAAUUAAGACACUUGCAGUUGUGUUCAGUCCUUAUAGCGUAGGUUCAGUAGUUGGAAAAAUUACUAUCAAACAUUAUACAAGAGAGAGUAAUGAUUCUCAGCAGUUUAAAAGAAUACCUUUGUAUGGAUACGGAGGUUGCAGUAAAGUAAAAAUUUCGGGACCAUUUAAAGAUUCGAGUAAAAAAUUGUGGUUGUCACUUGGCAAUUUAUAUUCUGAAACUAUGACUUUGAACGCUAGUAUUAGACUGGAUAACAUUGGCGAUUUACGUUCAUUCGCUAAAGUCACAAUCAUACCUAAAGUUAUUUCUCCAAUAAUGGAUUCUAGUUGGCAUAUAAAUCCAAAAGAAAUAAUACUUAAUUCUAAAGAAUCUCAAGAAAUAACAAUACAAUUUCAUCCAAAGAAAGAGGACUUUGCGUCACUGCAACGUUCGGAAGUUUCGCAUGUGGCAACGAUAAAUGUUAUUUAUGGCGAUGAACCAACCCGUUGGCGAAUACGCAGAUUGUAUAAUAAAUUGAAACAGUCAGGUGAAUCGAUUGGAAAUGAAAAUGAAGCAUUCAAGAAUAUUGUGCAUCCUAUAUGUAAAAUUUUUCCUGGAGAACAACUAAUUCCUGGCAUAACAUUAAUUCGCGAUUCUAUUCUAAACUUAAAUGAUCUAUGUACUGGCGUUCAUCAAUAUGAGAUAAUGCUCACAGUGGAAGCAUGCGCAGAUGAUACUUUGCCUGUUCAUUAUGAUACUGAUGAAUCGGAGAUGUAUCAGUCUCUUAUAAGCGAUACUACUCAUUUAGAUGAAGCGGGUGGAGCAAGUUUCUUCGCUUCUCAAACUAUAGAAUAUGAAGUUCAACAUCCUGAAUUGCAAGGAGAUCAAUUCACUGUAACUCCGUCCACCAUCACUCUGACUCCUCCAGUAAAAAAUGAAGCAACCGUGACUAUUCUUAGCUUUUUCAAAACAGCCGAGCCAUUUCAGACCAGUCUAUCAAAUUCAGAUUACUUCAGUGUUGUUCCUGCAGAAGGAAUGUUACCUAGCAAAAAGAGCUUUCCUUUAAAGAUACAGUGUUCACAGAAACUAGAUCGUAAUAUGCAAGCUAUACUUGCGAUUUAUACAGAAAACAAUAAACAGGACGUGUUGAUUAAAGUCGCAGUGAGGCGAUAAUAAUUAAUCGGUUA